AUGAUUUUAUCUCAAGAGGAACGAAAGGAUGAUGUUUUAGAGGAACCCUCUAAAAAGAAAUCUCCUGCAAAAGAAAAAUCAACUCGUCGUGAAGUUUGGACCACGGAGGAAUUGAAAAAGCUUUUGACAAAGUUCAAAGUAACGAUUGAAAAACCAUCGCCUGGAGAUUUUGAAAAGGAGCUUCCUAGUCGUUCAAAGAAAGCUAUUGCACAUAAAUUAGAUUAUAUUGAUAAAAGGAUUAAAGAAUUUGUGGAAAAUGGUGAUAUUUUCUAA